AUGUCCGUUUCCUGUCUGCAAACCAUCCCAAUUGAUUUCGAGCCAGCCGACAUGAUUACCCCCUCUACGCCACUGGCAGGCAAGACUGCCGUCGUGACGGGGGCAUCGCGUAGCAUCGGCUACGGCAUUGCCCUGAAGCUGGCCCAGCAGGGUGCAAAUGUCGUCCUCGGGUACACCUCCCCGUCCAGCGCACCAAAAGCUGCCGAGCUGAAAGCAACGAUCGAGUCGCUACCACACAGUCCGAGUCCCCAGGCCCACGCCGUGCAGGCAGACCUAGGCACCCUCGACGGCCCGAGGCACCUCAUCAGCGAGGCCGUGCAGUGGGCCAGUUCCGGCGGCGCGCCCGGCAAGAUCGACAUUCUUGUCAACAACGCCGGCCUCGAGCGUGUCAAGGGCCUGGACGAGCUCAGCGUCGAGGACUACAGCGCCGUUUUCGACGUCAAUGUGCGGGGCACCAUCCUGCUUACGCAGGCUGCGCUGCCCCAUCUUAACCCGAACGCCAGGAUCGUGAAUAUCUCGUCCGUGGGCGCCAGGGCGGGGUUCAAGAAACUCAGCCUGUACUGUUCCUCCAAGGCUGCUCUCGAGGGCUUGACGCGCUGCUGGGCCGCCGAGCUAGGUGGGAACGGGACAACGGUGAACGUGGUGAGCCCCGGGCCUGUGCAGAGCGAAAUGCUGGACAACAUCCCCAAAGAAAUCGUCGAAAUGCAGAAGCAGCAGACCCCGGUGCAGAAUCGCCUGGGCACGAUCGAGGAAAUUGCGGACGUGGUGGCGUGGCUUGCCGGGCCUUCGAGCGCGUGGAUCACGGGCCAGACCAUCAGCGCAAGUGGUGGAUGGGCCAUGUAUUGA